GAGACAGAUGAUUGCGCAUCAGUAUUUAGUAAACAACCAAUGACUUUUGUUGAAUACGUUUACUGUUUGUGUACUGUUUGUGUUUGUUGUUAUCAAAGUUUUCGUAAAAGGAUGUGACCACAAUAGGUCACCGAAGCGGCCUGUUAUGUGAAUACAUUUAGCGAGCUGGGAUAAUUAUGCAUGAACACAAAUAAAGAAAAUCAUUGAAACAAAGAUAAAGGCAAAACAGGAAGAAAUAUUCAGGAACCAGGAAACGGAUGUUAAAAUCAAGAAAAAAGAUCAUGUACAUGAGAUGGACAACAGAAGAUGUCAGAUAGUUUGAGGGGCUGUAUAGUACCGGACAUACCGGAUACUCGGGCAAUAAAGCCGGAUAAGACAAGGCUGACACGGGCUUUAACUGUCUUCAUUACGGUCCAUAAUACAAAAGUCAAACACUAGACAGAGUGAUAGUACUGCUAUAGUAAGGACUAACGACUAAUGGUAUUUAAACUCAAGUCAUCGAUGGAGCUGUGAUGGGUUUUUAAAGAGUCUUUAAAAAGGCCUUUGAUUUUUUGCAUAUACAUGAACGUUUAUAGUACUUAUACAAUUCAUUCAUACUCCCACUCAUCGUGCCAUAAGUGACCAACCGGAAUACAUUAUUUAUGAUUCAUAAAUAUAUGAUAUAGAAAUCAGUAAAAUAUACUGGUUACGUUUUUUAUUGGAUUAUUUCUGCAAUUUUGUGUGGCUACAAAGUGACAUAUUAUAAAUCCUUUGAUUGACUGUGUAAUCCAUUGAGUUUCGUCUUCCCAUGCGUUUUGUCAGAAUCGGAGUAGGAGUAUUUCAACGACAUACCUUUCAGAGAACGUUGUGUUCUUCAAGUUUAACACUUUUGAAUACUACACCCGCGUAAGCGAUAACCACUUGAAGAAACUGUUUCUGGUAUAAGCGUGUGUAUGAGGACGUUGGGGAUGAUGGACACCGAUGCCCACCUUAAAUCCACCACCGACGCCAUCGCCGAGGCCUGGUCCGCGAUGGAUGGCAACUUGGUGAUGAAAUCAAGCAGCUUCAACGUCAAGGACAUUCUGGACCUACAUCCAGACGGAAAGCUAGCGUGCAGCCCCGUUUCCAACGGGACGUCAACGACGGCGGCUUUCCGGACAAUCCCGAACAUUCCCGAGCUGCCGUCGGUGGAUUACGGCAGCUACGACGUCGGGGAUAACCCGUACGCCAGAUGGCUGCAGAAUAACUCCGCUGACGUCAUGCAAUAUACACAUCUGAACCAGAUGAACUCUCCCGGAAGCAGUUCUAACCAGUCUGGCGGGGAAAUCACCCCUCACGAUAACCCGGUGAACCACUCUACAAAAUCGGUCAAAUCCGAGCACGAGGAUGCCUUGGAAGCAGACGACAAAGAUGACGAUGACAUCAUAGAGGAAGACGACGAGGAGGGUGGGGAUGGGGAUGGUGAGAAGAAAGAGGGUGGUAGUUCAGAAUCACAGAAGAAGCGAAAACGGCGUGUGUUGUUCUCUAAGGCUCAAACGUACGAACUGGAACGCCGUUUUCGACAACAGAGGUAUUUGUCUGCCCCUGAGAGAGAACAUUUAGCCAGCAUAAUCCGUCUUUCACCUGUGCAAGUGAAAAUUUGGUUCCAAAACCACAGAUAUAAGUUAAAAAGAGCUCGACAAGAGAAAGGGCUUGACCUGAAUCCACUUCCUUCCCCAAGGAGGGUAGCAGUACCUGUAUUGGUCCGAGACGGCAAACCCUGUCAACCAACUAUGAACGGCGGGCUAAUGAAAUCUAGCGACCACCAUCACAGCAUGUCCUCGAAUCUCAGUUCCGUCCCCCACAUGGGCCACCAUGGCUCUAUGGCCGCCUCAAUGAACAAUGUGAACUCCAUGAAUGCCCUGCCGUCCAUGGGGGACAGUCUCCAAGGAAUGAACUCUCUCAACACUUCCCUUUCCUCCCCUAUGAACAUGAGCUGUGCUUACAACAUGAACUCUGCAAUGAAUUCCAUGAACGGGAUGAAUUUACCAAAUAUGAACAACUACACAAACAAUAUGAAUGUGUUGCCUAGUUACAGUCACCCUCUCAUGCAGCCACAAACUAGAUGGUGGUGACGUAUGUUCUAGUGUUACUAUGGCAAUCUCACAUUGUGCUUUAUGAACCUAGUAUUUUUUUCAAAUUAAGUUAUUUUUCUACUGUUAUCAUGUACAUCGCGCGUGUGAAAGAGACUUUGUAGAAUAAGCCGCCUGGCGUUAGAGUGUGGAUCUGCUCGAAAACACAGUAAGUUACUAUAGUUUCGUUCAUCUUAAAAUGUUUGUCCCCUGCAAUAUAGUUCUGAGAAAAUGUGCUUACCUAGAUUUUUGUUCUCAUUUUCCGAAGUAAAGGAUUCCUGAAUCAUAAAAUAAAAUAUUGCAAUUGUUGCCAAUGUUUUUUUUUUGGUUUGUUAUGUAACAAAAUACUGACAAUCUUAUGCAAUUCAACAUAAUACAAAUGCGUAUUUAAGACGCUUACUCAUAUGUUUUACCGUUUAAGAAAACGUUUCACGUUACGUUUAAAACUGCUUAGAUACGUGUCCCUUUCUGUUUAAACUCUGUUUUCUGUUUACGGAGUGACACUGAUCAAAUAAGCUGACUUUUACUGAUCAUUUAACUGCAUUACAGUUUUGUUUUACAUUUGCACUUCUCACUUUUUGUUUCAUUUCUUGAAAUGUUUUUUUUUCUGUUUUAAUAUGUCUUUUAUAAAUCAAAACGUGUUGGCCGUUGUUAUUGGUGGCGAUGUAAAUAGACAAAUCUGAAAAAGUAGUCCUCUUUGUUUUGUUCAACCAUCCGUCCCGGUAGCAUCAAAUAUAUAUAGUUGAUGAGAACAAUAAGCACUGCUGUUUUAUAUGUAUGUGUUAGGAUAUUAUACAUACUAUUAAAUAAAAGCUCCAUUUCAUGUCGGUCAUUUAUUGACUAAGGCUCAAAUUGAGAAAGUGACAGAGGAUAUUGAGUACUAGUGUAUGUGCGUGCCAAUAACUGGUAGAAGAUGAAAUAAUCACAAACGUUCUCGUGU